AUGGGGAAUGUGGAAGGAGUUAGCGGUCUACAAGGAGAUCCAUUCAUGCCACAAAUGAGACGCCGAGACAUUCAAAGCAGGGUCCUUGAGCAAGCAUUGAUGGAAGCUAUGAGUGACAUGUUAUCGGGUAGCCAGGGCUCCUCUAAUACCACACCUGAACAACGAGAACAUGGCUGGGACCCGGAAGAUUGUUCCAGUAACAUCGCUGUGCUAGGUGAUGGGAUCACCGCACGUCGAGGUAUGCAGCGAUAUCGUACAGAUGGUAUAAGGGGAAAGAAAGGAUACCGCACGGGCACCCAUGUGUUCGAAUUCUACUGCGAUGAAGAUGAAAGAGGAUCGCACGCCAUCAUAGGUGUCGCCACGCCCCAGGCACCGCUAGGAUGCGUUGGUUAUACUUAUCUACUUGGCGCCACGUCGGAAUCUUGGGGUUGGAAUCUGAGCGACCGGAAAUUGACCCAUGGUGGAAAAAUUGUUGGCAUCUACCCUUCAAGGCCGAUUUAUACCGUACCAGAGACAGUGUACGCGACGUUAGAUGCUGAUAAUGGAACGCUGAGUUUUAAAGCCAACGGAGAAGACCUUGGCAUCGCUUUCAAAGGUCUCCCUCGCAUGAAUCUUGUAAAACCCCUGUGUAUGGCUGCCUGUUCCACUAAAGAUCAGUGUGACAUAAGAAUGAAGUACAUGGGCAGUGGCGGAAAAAUCACACAAGAAACUGAAAGUGGCGAACAAGUUGUGUCAGUGCCUACACCCACGGGCAAUAGCUACUAUAAGUUCCACCCAAGAUCUGGAGAUCAGGUUGAUGUAAUGCAUGGCGGGCGGAUUGCCAGACGACGAGAUGCCAAAAACGUGUUCAACAACGGCAUCGUCCUGACUAGACAGCCUCUGAAGACAGACGAAAAGUUUGAAAUACGACUCGACACCAAGGUAGGGAGGUGGAGUGGAGGACUGGAUUUUGGCUUCACCACAAAUACACCCAACGACUUGGACUAUCCCACUACUAUGACUGAAUGUCAACAUGGAGUGAAUAUGAUGUGGUCUGGAUCUAAUAUAGUGAAAAACGGAACCAAGGUUAUUGAGCUGAAUAAGGAUCUAGAUGACUGCACGAUCGGAGACACUAUUGGAAUAGAGCGUAAAGGAGAUGGCUCUUUUCACCUUUAUUUAAAUGGCGAGGUCCUACAGAAAGCAGUGAGAUUAAAGAAUAACCCGCCAGUUGUCUAUGGUGUAGUCGAUAUCUAUGGUCAAGCUGAAAGAGUCACUAUUUGCGAGAGCACGGGAGUAGCUCCAUCUCAGAAGGUCGAAUCAGAUGUUCCAACCAAGAGUGAAGCAACUGGUAGUGACCCAAACGCCAUAAUGUUCAAAAUGCGAGACACAGUAGACAAAUUAAAACAUUGGAAGUUUUCGGAUAUGCGAUCUGCUCUUGCUGAAGUUACAAGUACGAUAUUGCAGCCAUACCAUAACACGACCAAUCGGAAAAUCCGCCAGAGGUUUGGAGACCAUCUAGCGAAUAUUGGUGGGGCCCACGAGCUUACAAAGUUACUGGAGAGACUGGAUGAUAUGGGAAUGGAAACACCUGGCGUGUGGCAAGGAAUAAAUCUGGUUCGCAGCACAUGUUGGAAUUACUCUGAUGCAAGCCUGAAGAUGUGCAAAGAGUUUGGACAAUCAGGGAUACUGCAGAAAAUGUUCAAAGACCUUUCUACAUUUGGUGCAACCAAAAUCAAGAGUGAGAAAAAAAAGUUUAUGGUUAUUUCAGCUUUAAACGUCAUUCACAACUGCGCAAAAGCUUCGGAAAAUCGGAAAAUUUUCCACGAUAUGAAUGCAACAGUGAGGCUUGCUCCUUUGUUGAAAUCUGAAGACAUGGGCGUGGUGACUGUCACAAUGCUGACGCUCUCAUAUAUUGUUGAUGAAGACAAAACGGAUUUACUUGAGGCAACCACAAAUGCUACUGAAUAUCUGCUGGGGCUGCUGAAAAAGGCUGUAGAGGACCCAGAACUGCGUGGAAGGUCUGACGACAGCACGUGGUCAGCUCUGGAGAUAGCAACUGGCCUUGGAAACAUGGCAAUCAAUGACAAGAACAAAACCACCCUAGUUGAAGCUUCGUGUCUUCCCUUGUUUGUUAAGCUGCUUCAAAAAGGUGGCCCACCUGAACAGGAGUGUGCUGCAAAUGCGUUGUGGACCCUGGCAAAAUCACCUUCCAACAAAAUAAAGAUUGCUUCAGAGCCUGGAGCCAUGGAUACUUUAAGACAACUAUCGUCCAGCAAUAUUGAAGCUGUGAAGCAAGCUGCAGAACGCGUAAUUAUGACCGUCAAUGUACCAAUGCAACAAUUCGGACCCGGCAUGCGAACAUCUCCUUCCAGGAGUAAAUGUGACUACCAGGAAUUGUGCGCACGAUUCAAAACUACACUGAAUCUAUCAGAUUUAUUUUUCAACAAGGAUCACAAUAUGUGUUAUUGCACUUCAUGCCACACAGCAAGAGGGGAUGAUCUUUACUAUACACGUGGUCAACCAGGGAAGAGUUAUGGAGUACCAGUAGGAUGGUGUCGAUUCGCCUUAAAAGUACCUGAUAGAGCCCAUGCUUUGGAUGUAUUCAAGACAUGGCAUGUUGCCUUUCAUGGCACAAGAAUGGAUGCAGUCAAACCAAUUUUGGAAUGUGGCGAUUUGCUGAUGCCUGGUGAUACCAUUAUGGGCGGCAAGAAGUUAGGUGAGCGCGAUGGUCACUUCACAGAAGACAGAAAACCUGCAGGGUUUGACACAAAACAGAUCUUCCUCUCCCCGAGCAUUAGGUACUCUGGUGAUAACGUAUAUUCAUUAGCACAGAGUUAUAAAGAUGGUGUCACAAAGAAGACGUACAAGACAAAAGUUGCCUUCCAAGUUCACAUCCGGCCAACAAGCUAUAAAGUUGGCCCGGAAACCAUUGGUGCAACUGGGGAAAUCGAUCCAAAGUUCAGUAACCAAGAGAUUGAGUGGUUUACCAAAGAACGUGGAUGUGUCAUUCCGUAUGGGUUGUUAAUUAAAAUGGAUUAA